AUGAAUCGCACGCACGCCGGCCCCCGUGAGCGCUUGGGAUACCAAAGUGACGGCGCCGUGCGUCCGCCACAGUUUGCGGCGGCGAACUUUCGAACGACUACGGGGACUUCUCAUCGCCGGGUUACCCCGGGAACUACCCGCCGAACCGCGACUGCUUCUGGACGGUGUCCGUCUCUCCCGGACGCCUCAUCACCUUCGCGUUCGGCGCGCUGCACCUGGAGACCCACCCCGACUGCAACUACGACUUCCUGGAGAUCCGAGACGGCCUCCUGGAGUUGGACCCCGUGCUGGGCCGCUUCUGCAGCUCGGGGAACCCGCCGCCCUGUGCAGAGCACGGGGCCCAGCGCCCUCGUGCACUUCCACUCGGACGCCAGCGUCAGCGACCGCGGCUUCCACGUCACCUACACCACCUCGCCGUCGGACCCCGGCUGCGGAGGGACGUACACGGACAGCGACGGGGUGCUCAUCUCGCCCAACUGGCCCAACCCCUACCCACACAACCGGCAGUGCAUCUACCUGGUGCGGCAGCCCGUGGGGGAGACGGUGGCGCUCACCUUCACCGACAUGCAGCUCGAGGGGCACAGCAGCUGCGCCUUCGACUUUGUGGAGGUGAGAGAUGGAAGCUCCGAGUCGGCGCUCCUGAUCGGGAAGUACUGCAGCAGCGACAUCCCGGCACCCAUCACCUCGUCCUCGUACAGCCUGUGGCUCCGCUUCAAGUCCGACCACUCCGUGUCCCGCGCCGGCUUCCGCGCCCUCUACCAAGUCGCGUGCGGAGGCCAGUUCAGCGGAAUGGGCGAGAUCCGCACCCCGUACCACCCCAACGCGUACCCGCACGGGCGCACCUGCGAGUACGUCAUCUCGCAGCCGCAGGGCAAGUCGGUGACGCUCAACUUCCUCACCUUCGACAUCGAGAACGCCAGCGACUGCAGAUACGACUAUGUCGAGAUUCGGGAUGGAGGCAGCGAGGACGCCACCCUCAUCGGCCGCUACUGUGGCACGGGGCUGCCUCCACCGGCCCAGUCCACGCAGAGCCUGCUCUACGUCAAGUUCGUGACCGACGCUUCGGUGGCCAACAAUGGCUUCACGGCACAGUACGACGAGUCCCCGUGCGGUGCCACCUACACGGCGCAGCAGGGCACCGUGUCGAGUCCCGGCCACCCGACCCCGUACCCGCACGGCGCCAACUGCACGUGGCACGUGGCGGUGCAGCCCGGCUUCAUUGUGCGCCUCACCUUCACCACCUUCACGCUCGAGUACCACCAGAACUGCGCCUACGACUACGUGGAGCUCUACGACAACAGCACCACGGCCAGCGAGAGCCUCAUCGGAAGGUUCUGUGGCCGCUCGGUGCCUCCCUCCAUCACCACCACCACCAACGUGCUCACCAUCCUCUUCGUGGCCGACGCCAGCAUCAGCACCGAGGGCUUCUCGGCCUCCUACGUGGCACUCAACGCCUCCACAACGUGCGGACAGGUGUUCACCGACCCGUCCGGCGUGAUGACGUCGCCCAACUACCCGGCAAACUACCCCGGCUACCGGGAGUGCAUCUACACCAUCACGGUGGGGGCUGGCCGCCAGAUCGCCCUCAACUUCACCGACUUCCUGCUCGAGGGGCCUGGCAACGGAAACUGUCCUUUUGACUACCUCGAAAUCAGGAACGGCGGCUACGAGACGUCUCCGCUGGUGGGGAAGUACUGCGGCACGAGCGCACCGCCCCUCCUCCUGUCGCACGGCAACAAGCUGUGGUUCAAGUUCAGGACGGACGGCUCCGUGGAGGCUCGAGGAUUCUCGGCUCACUGGGACGGCACGGCCACCGGCUGCGGGGCGACGCUGACGGGCGCCACUGGAAGCUUCACGUCCCCCAACUACCCGCUGCCCUAUACGCCCAACGAGGAGUGCUACUGGCUGAUCCGCGCCUCCGCCGGCAGUCGCCUGCGCCUGACCUUCGCCGACUUCCACCUGGAGUCGCACGGGAGCUGCGCUUAUGACUACCUCGCCGUGUUCGACGGCUCGAGCGCGAACUCGCCGCAGCUCGCCAACCUGUGCCACGACGGCAUCCCGCCGCCCAUCGAGAGCAGCGGCGACCACAUGUACGUGAAGCUGCGCACGGACGGCUCCAUCAGCGCCGGAGGAUUCUUCGCCACCUACACUCAGAUCUGCCAGGGCACGGUGAUCGUGAACCGCACACGCGGCUAUUUGGAGAGCCCCAACUUCCCCAACGUCUACCUGCACAACAGCAACUGUAACUGGCUCAUAUCGGCCACCCUGGGGAACACCCUCAACUACACCUUCCUCACCUUCCAGCUGGAGCACGUCGUCUUCGAUUACGUGGAGCUGUUUGACGGCUCGGACGCCUCAGCGCCGCUCAUUGGCAGGUUCGGGGGCACGGAUCGACCCCCGGCCGGCCAGACCACGGGCCAGCACCUCUACACCACCUUCGUCACCGACUCCUCCGUCGCUUACAGCGGGUUCCAGAUGAGCUGGUACCAAAACGGCUGCGGGGGAGACCUCACGGGACCGAGCGGAGAGUUCAACAGUCCCGGCUACCCGAACAACUACCCCAACAACCGCGAGUGCCUCUGGUUCCUGGAGACGUCGCAGGGCAGCAGCGUGCAGCUCACCAUCGACGUGUUCGAGGUCGAGAGCCACCCCGACUGCAACUUCGACGUGCUGGAGGUGUACGGGGGUCCCGACCUGAGCUCGGUGCGGCUGGUCCAGCUGUGCCACUCGCAGCCGGCCGGCCAGCCUCACCACGUGAGCAGCACGGGCAACCACAUGAUAGUGCGCUUCAAGACCGACGUGUCCGUCAGCAAGAAGGGAUUCCACGCAUCCUGGCAGGAGAGGCCUGGAGGCUGCGGAGGCAACGUGAGCGCCCCGAGCGGAGAGAUCCACUCGCCCAACUACCCGCAGCCGUACGGCACCAACGUUGACUGCUCGUGGCUCGUGUCGGUGGCGCGCAACCACCGCGUGCAGCUCGCCUUCAACACCUUCGACCUGGAGACGCACAGCAACUGCAACUACGACUACGUCGCUGUGCACGACGGCAGCAACGAGCACGCGCCGCUGCUGGCCAAGCUGUGCGGCACGGCGCUGCCGCCGGCGCUCGCGGCCACGGGGAACGAGCUGUUUGUGCGCUUCCGCUCCGACGGCAGCGUGCAGCGGCACGGCUUCAGCGCCUCCUUCAGCACCGGGUGCGGGUACAGGAUCAUCGCGGACGCCGUCGGCGGUGCCGUCACCUCCCCGCUGCACCCACACAACUACCCCGGCAACCAGAACUGCAGCUGGAUCAUCGAGGCGCAUGAGAAUUUCGGCCACGUGACCGUGUCGUUCACGGAGAUGGACAUCGAAAACCGCGGCGCCAACUGCAGCACGGACCACCUGGAGGUGCUGGACGGCGACAACCCGUGGGCCCCGUCGGUGGCGCGGCUGUGCGGCCGCGACCUGCCGGCGCCCAUCACCUCGCACGGCAACGCCCUCCACCUCAACUUCGUGUCGGACAACGUGCUGGAGGGGGCAGGAUUCCGCCUCGUCUACGGCGCCUCCUACUCAGCGUGCGGAGGGACGUUCCAUGGGGAGACCGGGGCCUUCAACAGCCCCAACUACCCUGAGCCGUACCCCUCCGAUACGGAGUGCACCUGGGUCCUGCAGAGCUCUCCCGGAAACCGCGUGCAGCUCACCUUCAGGUUCUUCCAGCUGGACGGCCCGACGGCCUGCGGGGCCGAGGGCGACGGGGACCUCGUGGAGGUGCGCGAGAACAACGCGACCGGGCCGCUGGUCGGGAGGUUCUGCGGCGCGAGCCUGCCCCCCGACUACACGCUGGUGGCGAGGCACGUGCUCUGGGUCAAGUUCGUGUCCAACGGCCACGGCAACGGCGCCGGAUUCAUGGCCGAAUUCUCUCACCAGUUCGGGAACGACAUCACGGGCACCAGCGGGCAGGUGGCGUCGCCGUUGUGGCCGCGCACGUACCCGCACAACGUGGACUACCGCUGGACGAUCCGCGCGGGUGACGCGAGCGAGCGAGUGCACAUCACCUUCCUGGAGAUGGACAUCGAGGACUCCACUGUCUGCACCUACGACAAGCUCUCGGUGUACAACGGGCUUGACUCGAGCGCGCCGCUCCUCGGGACGUUCUGCGGCUUAACGCCACCGGGCCCCCUGCGCAGCACGGGCAGCAGCAUCAGCCUUUUCUUCCACACGGACUCGUCCGUCGCCGGGCGAGGCUUCCUGGUCGAUUGGCGCGUCUUCCCGGGCGACAUCGACCCCUCUGUGCCACCCACCAUCGCCCCUGGCGCGUGCGGUGGCGAGCUGGUGGCGGGCGACGCGGCGAGGGCCAUCUUCUCGCCGGGCUGGCCCGGGGAGUACGGAGACAACCUGGGCUGCGCAUGGGUCAUCCGUGCGCCGCAGGGCCACAGCGUCCAGCUUGACGUCCUCUUCAUGGACAUCGAGAUGCACGGAUCCUGCUUGUACGACUACCUGGGCGUGCAUGACGGCGACAGUCUCAGCUCCCCCAGGCUCGCCCGGCUGUGUGGCCGCGACCCCCCGGGCCCUCUGCACUCCACGGGCAGGUCCAUGUACCUCUACUUCUACAGCGACGUUCACACACGCGGCCUGGGCUUCAACGCCACCUUCCGCAGCGGCUGCGGGGGCCGCUACAACGUCGACCAGGGCGUGAUCACGUCGCCCGGCCGCCCCAGCAACUACCCGCCCAACAGCGACUGCGUGUGGCACGUGACGGCCAGUCCCGGCUACGUCAUCUCCACCAGCUUCACGCCGCCCUUCCAGGUGCAGGGCACCGGGGUCAACUGCGCCGGAGACUUCUUGGAGCUGCGCAACGGCGCGAACGCGACCUCGCCACCCCUGGCGUCGUCCGGCGACGGCACGGGUCGCUACUGCGGCAACAGCCCCCCGCCCACGCUGAGCACGACGGACCGAGACCUCUACGUGCACUUCCACUCGGACGGCGGCGCGGAGAACCACGGCUUCGAGAUGCGCUUCCAGGCGCACGGCGCUGGCUGCGGUGGCGUCCUCGGCCUCACGCACCAGAGCCCGAGCAGCACGGUGACGUCGCCCAACCACCCCAACAACUACCCCCAGAACGUGGACUGCGUCUGGAUCAUCACGGCGCCGUCCGACGAGGCCAUCCAGCUGGACUUCGUGGAGCCCUUCUACAUCGAGCCCCACCCCAACUGCGUGUACGACUACCUGGAGGUGAGGGAUGGCGGCAGCAACGACGCGCCGCUCAUCACCCGCCUCUGUGGCUCCCAGAAGCCCUCGACGCAGAAGUCGACCGGCAACGUCAUGCGGCUUCGCUUCCGCACGGACUCCAGUGUCACCCACCCCGGCUUCAAUGUCCGCUACUCCCUCGCGGCGUGCGGCGGCACGGUCGUGGGCCAGAAUGGCCACGUCACCAGCCCCAACUACUCGGUGGGCGAGUACCCCAACAACCUGAACUGCGAGUGGCACGUGGAGGCGCUCACGGGCCACUACCUCAUCCUCACCUUCACCCACAUGGCCCUGCAGAGCUCUGCCAGCUGCUCGCAGGACUACGUGGAGAUCCGCGAGUACAACUCCACCGGCCUGCUGCUGGGCCGCUUCUGCGGGCAGGACCUCCCCACCGUCGUGAUGGAGACGUCCGACAGCUUCGCGCACGUCCGCUUCGUGACGGACGGCGCCGGUGGCGGCGACGGCUUCGUCCUUAACUUCCGGUCGAGCGUGGACGAGUGCGGAGGAGACCUGGCGACCCCGACGGGCACCAUCACGUCGCCCAACUACCCGAACCUGUACCCGCACAGCCGCGUGUGCGAGUGGCGCAUCACGGUGCCGCUGGGUCGUCGCGUCACCCUCACCAUCCACGACUUCCUCACCCAGGACCAUCCCAACUGCGCCAUCGACUACCUGGCGGUGUACAAUGGGCUGCGCAGCAACUCGCCGAAGGUGGCGCAGCUGUGCGGGGACGUGGCCUCCGGCACGCGCGUGCAGUCAUCCGGGAACACGAUGCGCGUGCGCUUCCGCACCAACGCCCACAGCUCCAGCACCGGCUUCCGCGCCACCUACCACUCGGACGAGGAGGCCGUGUGCGGGGGCAUCCUCUCCAACCCCGCCGGCGGGAACUUCACGUCGCCCGGCUACGACGGGCAGACCAACUACGUCGCCAACCUGAACUGCGAGUGGACGAUCGAGAACCCGCGGCACGCCAACUCCUCCAUCUACAUCGAGUUCUUCGACUUCAAGCUGGAGCACCACCAGACGUGCGAGUGGGACUACAUCGAGUUCCGCGUCGACAGCGGGAAUGGGGAGCUGCUCACGCGCCUCUGCGGGCAGUCGGCGCCCGCCGUGCCGUUCGUCAUGGCGGCCCCCCAGCUGUGGGUCCACUUCCUGUCCGACCCCUUCGUGGAGGACAGGGGCUUCGCGGCGCGAUACGUCUUCACGGACUGCGGAGGUCUGCAGAUCGCCGAGAGUGGCGAGAUCUCCAGCCCCAACUUCCCCGCUCCGUACGGGAACAAGAACCGCUGCGCCUGGAUCUUGGAGGCUCCGCUGGGCCACACCAUCACCCUCACCUUCACGACGUUCCACCUGGAGUCGCACACCACCUGCUUGUGGGACGCCGUCUCCAUCUUCAACGGCGGCGCGCCCAGCUCGCCUGUCAUCGGCCACUACUGCGGCAUGGCCGGGCCCGGCACGAUCCGCUCCGGCUCCAACAAGCUCGCCAUCCUCUUCAGCUCCGACAGCAGCGUGGUGGCCGCGGGCUUCCACGCCGUGUGGGAGGCCGACUCGGCCGGGUGCGGAGGGAUCAUCCACGCGGAGGACGGCAGCAUCAAGUCCCCGGGCUGGCCGAACCCCUUCCCUGCCGACUCGGAGUGCACGUGGACGCUCGUGUCCCACGAGAGCCAGCACCUGACGCUCACCUUCGACCCCAAUUUCAACAUCCCCACCUCCGACUCCUCAUGCAGCUCCAGCCACGUGCAGGUGUGGAACGGGCGGCGUGAGACGGACGAGUCGCGCCUGCUGCUGGCGUGUGGCACGACGGCGCCCAGCCCCGUCGUGGCGCUGGCGAACCGCGUCACGGUGCGCUUCCAGGCCACGGGCGCCACCACCGCCGCCGGAUUUUCCGCCUCCUUCUCCAGCAGCUGCGGAGUGACCCACGACGAGCCACAGGGUCAGAUCCUGUCGCCGAGCUACCCGGCGCACUACGGCGACAACCUCGACUGCCACUACCUCAUCAACCCCGGCAACGACUUCACCAUCAUCCUCUCUUUCCAGACUUUCCAGGUCGAAGGUCACUCGACGUGCGCCUACGACUUCCUGAAGGUGUACGGCGGCACGUCGGAGAGCGGGCAGCUGCUCGCCACGCUGUGCGGCUCCACGAUUCCUGGCGUGGUGUCGGCGCACGGUCCCAUGUUCCUGCACUUCCACUCCGACCCCUUCGUCGAGGACAACGGCUUCCUCGCCGCCUACCAGGCCAUACCUUGUGGAGGGUCAUUCACGAACCCGUCGGGAUUCAUCAGCAGCCCGACGUUCGGGCAGGUCAACUACCACAACAACAUGAACUGCUCGUACCACAUCCAGGUGGAGGAGAAUCGCAUCGUUAACCUCAAGUUCAACUACAUGCACCUGGAGGCGCACUCGCAGUGCCACUACGACUACGUGGCCGUGUACGACGGCGCCGACACCUCCGCGCCGCUGCUCGGCACCUUCUGCGGCACCCAGGUUCCGCUGCAGCUGCACAGCUCCGCCCGGGACAUGUUCCUGCUCUUCGUGACGGACGCCUCCGUCACCGCCGGCGGCUGGCAGGCGGCGUACCGCACCACGCUCGGUCCAGCGCAGGGCUGCGGAGGGAUGCUCACGGGCGACACCGGAGAGCUCACCUCACCGGACAUUAACGGCGACGGGCGCUAUGAAAAUGACCUGGACUGCCGCUGGACCGUGUCCGUGCAGCCGAACAAUCUCAUCACGCUCACCUUCAGCGCCUUCGAGCUCGAGUCGGCUAUCCAGGACACCUGCCACUACGACUACGUCUCCGUGUUCGACGGAGAGAGCGCGCUGUCCCCCAUGGUCGGCCGUUACUGCGGUGCAAUCGUGCCGCUGCCCAUCACCUCCUUCAGCAACUUCCUGCACAUCCACUUCCACACCGACAGCUCGGUGCAGCGCGCCGGCUUCCACGCCACCUACCAGACGAGCGCCAGCGUGUGCGGCGGCGUGAUCAACGCGACGGCGCAGGCGCAGACCGUGACCUCGCCCGGCUUCCCCGACGCGUACCCCACGGAGUCGCGGUGCCGCUGGACGCUGGACGCGCCGGCGCAGGAGAGCGUGCGCGUCACCGUGACGGCGUUCAGCCUGCCGGCGCACCAGACCUGCUCCAACGACUACCUCGAGAUCCGCGACCAGCCCAUGGGAGACUAUGGACAGGUCCGCCGUUACUGCGGCACCGACAUGCGCAUCCCUGAAUUCUACUCCAUCGGGCGCACGGUGCACCUCGACUUUAAAGUCGACACCUACGAGCCGGGCAAUGGCUUCAGCCUCUCAUUCCAGACCGCAGGCUGCAGCCGCGAGUACAACGCGUCGUACGGCUACCUGGCGAGCCCCGGCUGGCCGGACGUCUACCCCCACAACAUGGACUGCACGACGGUGCUGCGGGCGGCGGCGGGCAGCCUCAUCUCGCUCUUCUUCAGCGCGUUCACGCUCGAGACGCACCCCAACUGCCAGUUCGACUACCUCGAGGUCCACAACGGCAGCGACGCGACGGCGCCCUCGCUGGCGAAGCUGUGCGGCGCGGGGCUGCCCGACCCCGUGUUCCCGCGCGCCGACGUGCUCUUCCUGCACUUCGUCAGCGACUUUUCGCUGGCGCUCAACGGCUACGAGAUCACCUGGACGUCGUCGCCCGCAGGCUGUGGGGGCAUCCUGCACGGAGACCACGGCUCGUUCACGAGCCCCGACUUCCCGGGCACCUACCCCAACAACUCAACGUGCGAGUGGCUCCUGGAGGUGGCCGUGCACCGGCGCGCCACGCUCCGCUUCCCCGUGUUCCAUGUCGACGACCCGGGCGACUGCGAGCGCAACUACGUGAUGGUGCACGACGGGCCCAACAUGAGCUCGCCUCCCGUGGGCACCUUCUGCGGUCAGAACGACAACAUCGCGGACUUCACGUCGUCCGGCUACCAGCUCUUCGUCCGCUUCCAGGCGGAGGGCUCCUCCGUGCCGGCAGGGUUCCGGCUCACGUGGACCAGCUCCUGAGAUGACAACGACGGCGAUCACCACCCCUUGCGCCGUCCGUCACCACCACCAUCAUAACCACCGACCGCCACCAUCAUCAUCACGAUCAUCAACCCACCCCGCCACCAUCACCAACAUCACCAGCACCACCAUCAUCACUACGAUCUUCAACUAGACCACUGACGCCAUUCUGAUCACUACCAUCAUCAUCGCAAUCACCACUGCCCAGACCGACCUUACCACCUCUACUAUACACACCGACACACACACGCACACGUUCGUGCGUGCCGAUACGUGCAGCCACCUCCUCCCAAGGGCACGGCACGCCCAGCCGUGCCACCCUGCACGUGGCGCAAGCUUUAGGAGGGUGUAAUACUUUCUGUAAAUAUUAAAUCCGCAAGAGAAUCGUGAUUGUGUUGAAUUUUAAAACAAUUCCUCAUCCCUACCUCCCCCCUCCUUUUUUUUUUGUACAAACUCUGUGGCCUGUGAGUCCACAAUCUCUGUCUGCAAGCCCCCCGACGCUCGCACACACCGCUAUCCCAGCGCGCAGUGCGGCAGCCGCUGAGCCGCUGAGCCGCUGAGCGCACGGACCACGCAGUUCGAAUCCCUUCACCGGCCAUCAUGGAUCACUCGACGAUUUGCACGGUUGGCUACGUACGGCGCGAAAGAAGUUCAGCACGCGUGCACAUGCAUACAAUUAAUAAACAUUAAACAGCUGUGCAAUCUGCUGUCCUGAGCACG